CACACACACACACACUCAGACAUACUGCAAACUCUCAACAGGAAACUCUGAGCCAUAAUGCGAAGGCACCUCAGAGCAGACGGGUGCAGUGCUCAAACCAAGUGGGAUACCGUGCGGCUUUGAUAGUGCGUUAAUUACUCAUGUGAUGUGAUACAGAUGUCUGGGGGCUUCAGCCGAAAGUUUGCCUGACACUUUCCAAGGGGGCCAGGCAGACAUUUUAGAAGCGAGACGUAUCGGGACGGUAUUUCAAUCAGUGAAAUCCAAAGCAGCGAGCGCGUUCCACAAUGGCCACCGCAGCCGCACACAUGUUGGUGCUAAUGGCCUGUGUGGCAGCCAGAGGAAUGGGCCAGAUGAACAGAGCUCAAGCCGAGAAGGACCCGGCGAUCCCCGUCCACUCCACCCUCCGGUCUCUGGGCGCCUACAGCACCGUGGGCCCGAGCACGGGGCCGGGCCUCCGCCUGCGGGCCCCGGGGGCCGACUCACAGGCUGCGGGCUCUGGCUCUGCAAACGAAAGUGUGGUGAAGAGGCCGGUGCCACCUCCAAUGUGCUUGCAGACCACUUCCAUCAAGGACUACUUUAAGUACAUCAACACCAUCAUUUCCGUGGUGGUGUUUACGGUGGGCCUGGUCGGCAACGCCACGCUGCUGAGGAUUAUAUACCGCAAUAAGUGCAUGAGGAACGGGCCCAAUGCGCUGAUUGCCAGCCUGGCACUGGGCGACCUCAUCUACAUUUUCAUUGACAUCCCGAUCAAUGUGUACAAGCUCCUGGCGUCGCGGUGGCCGUUCGAUGACAAUGUCGUUGGCCUCUGUCUGUGCAAGCUGGUGCCCUUCCUGCAGAAGGCCUCUGUGGGCAUCACUGUCCUCAACCUGUGCGCCCUCAGCGUGGACAGGUACAGGGCCGUGGCGUCCUGGAGCAGGGUGCAGGGGGUGGGCAUCCCCCUGUUCACCGUCGUCGAGAUCGUGUCCAUUUGGCUGAUGUCGCUCAUCUUGGCCGUACCCGAGGCGAUCGUCUUCGACAUGGUCACCUUCAGCUACAGGAACCAAACCAUACGCACCUGCAUGCUUAACCCCAAAACUGACUUCAUGGAGUUCUACAAGGAUGCAAAGGACUGGUGGCUGUUUGGCUUCUACUUUUGUGUGCCACUCGCCUGCACCGGCAUCUUUUACACCCUGAUGACCAGCGAGAUGCUCAACCACAGGAACGGCAGCCUCCGGAUAGCGCUCAGUGAGCACCUCAAACAGAGGAGGGAAGUGGCCAAAGCCGUCUUCUGCCUUGUCCUUAUCUUUGCCCUCUGCUGGUUCCCACUGCACCUCAGCAGGAUCCUUAAGAAGACGGUUUACUCCCAGAAUGAUAAGAUGCGCUGUGAGCUGCUCAGUUUCCUGUUGGUCGUGGAUUACCUUGGUAUCAACCUUGCAACAAUAAACUCCUGCAUAAACCCCAUUAUCCUCUACUUUGUGAGCAAGAAAUUCAAAAACUGCUUCAAGUCAUGUUUGUGCUGCUGGUGCUACUCGGACAACCAGCUGAGCAGCAUCGGACCCAUGAAUGGUACCAGUAUCCAGUGUAAAAGCCCCGAGCCCAACAACCUGUGCAGUGACCGCAGCAUCAGGAAAGACAGCAACUGAUCGCUCACCCUGAGGACUAUUCUCAAGCUUUUUUAAAUUUCCCCGGCAAGCUUUAAAAAUGCAAACGAUGAAUAUAAAGAGUACAUCAAAAAGUACUUUUUAUCUAGUGACCAGUCUCAGGACCACUGAGGCAACAUAUGAGCGUGAAUGGUGGCCGUAAAUUUAUAUUUUAUGUCCAUUUUUGGAUGGAUGGAGCCACAAAACACAGGACUUUGACAUGUGGGAGGCUGCGGUUUGCUUCUCAUGUGAAACCCAUCAGUCAGGAUUUGUUCCUUUCAUCCAUGAUUGUUCGACAUCAGCCCCGUGUUUAUUAUUGUAACCAUGAGGACAAAGGCCAUCUGACCUUAAGGAGGAACCUAUUCCCAGCCAAACCGUCAUCUUUUCCUUAAACCUAACCGUGUGGAGACCAUUCCACAAGCCUGAAUGCGUAUUUAUUAUUGUGACCUCGCGGACGAAGGUCCGGCGUGUUUGCCAGUCCCGGGGCGCUGUUUCGGGAGUCGCUCAUAUGGGUCAUAUCAGGGGGUUGUAGGGGACAAACGACCUCCCAGCACCCACGCUUGUUCCGAUUGGUGGAAUCCCGUCUAGUGUCAGAAUAUUAUAAAAUAAACUGGCACUCAAUCAAGUACAAGUUUGUAGGUUUUAGAGCGGAUAAGGUACAACUCUGCAUUUUUAUAGCACAUGUCAAGCAAAUGAUGAAUAUGAAGUAAUGCAUUAUGACAGGUCUGAUAUCACCAUUUACCAAAAAUGGAUAGGAAUGGCCUCUUUUUUUCCAAAAGCACUGUGAAUUUUACCAUACGUAAUCAAAAAUAGACUAAUUAUGCAUGUAUAACUAAUGGAAUAUAGACUAUGUUUAGUGUCCACUUUUAUAAAGUGUAAUAUUGCAGUAAUAAUGAGCAUUAUAUCCCGACUACGUCACAUUAUUGUGAAAUAACAGAGGGAAAGGAGUUUGCUGGCGGUCAACACUCCGAAUGUUGGAGGAACAGUUUGGCGAGAGUUAGAUGAGAAGAAACCACUCUCGUGUCUGCGCGUUAACUACGACGCUACGAUCAGCAGGCAGCUAGCUUAGCAUUAAGGCAACAUUACAGAGGGAAACCGCCAACUGUCCAACUGCUAUCCAUUCCAAGAACUGGGUUAGUUUUAAUUCAAUCAACAAGUUUAAGACAAAAUUCAAGACAUUUCCUGUGUGAAUUUGUUCACUGGCUUAUUUUAAUGGAUGAGGAUUAAUCGGUUUGGUUUCCCUGCAGCAGUCUGGGACGUGUUAGCUUAGCACAAGGGGAUGGGAAAUGGCUACCGAAGGUGGAGAAAUGAUUCUCCCCGCAACCGUAAACUUUUUCAUAUAAGUGUUGUGUUAGCCGCGCUGCUAACAUGACCUGCUAAACCUUCAUUCACUUCAGCUAAAGCUAACCACUGAGCAAAUGAAGUAGGCUACUGGGUAGUGUAAAUAUAGCCUACUUUAUUACCGAUUACAAUUAAGUAUUUAGUCUAUUGAAGUAAUUAUGUUUUCAAACAGUUAGUCAUUUUUCAAGAAACAUAACUAUCCACGGGUUUUAUAUACCGGGUCUAUUUUUGAUCUAUUGUGUCUGAGCAUAGUGAACUCCUGGGUGAACUAAGCUAAGCUAAACUAAGCUAGGCUAAGCUAAGCUAACAAGCGGCUGCCUGUAGCUUCAUAUUAAACUUGCAGAGAUGAGUGCGAUAUCAAUCUUCUCAACUAACUCUCGGCACAAAAAAAAAGGAAGUGCAGGAAAUUACAGGCGCAAAGUCCUUUUUUUUUCAGUCAGUUACCAAACGGUUGUACUGCCUUAUAUUGUUUGAUAUGUGAAUACAUGUAAACGUGUGUGUGUGUGUGUGUGUGUGUGUGUGUGUUUGUGUGUGUGUAUGUGUGUGUUCCACUUCUUCAGUUUUUUGCACACUUGUGUAUACAAGACCAAGUGAUAUCUGUACAGUAUUAUUUUACCACUAUUCAUCAACAUAUACAUACUGUAUACAGUAUAUAUAUUAAUCUGUAGAAAGGGGAAUGCGUAUGUGUUUGUUGUCGUCGAUUGAACAUGUUGACCUCAUGUUAGAGCUGCUGCUUAUACCAAUAAAUCCGUUUCCAUCUCCA